AUGGAAGCCAGCUUGACGCACGCCACGAGCCUCCAUCCUACGCUGCACGUCUCCAUCGCACCGUCACUGCUGGCAAAUGUCGCUCACUGUCGUCCGAGCGUGCUAGUGCAUCUGCCGGCGGGAGUUUUCUUCGACCCUUUUACAGCUAGCCACACUCUAACGCGCAAGCAAGACUCUCAUUACAAGUUUGUCCACCUCGCAAGCAGUGUAGAGCUAGAACACGCGGUCGGACGGAGUGGCGGAGGCAGUGAGGUGGAGACGGUGAUUGUCGAGGUGGAUUCGUGGAGGAACGAUGGCUUGAGCGUCGAUAUCCCCCUGCAUACCAGGUAUCAACCUCCAGCAAAGGGAGAGAGGUCAGGAUGGACAAGAUUGGCAAGCCAGCUCCUGCCCCUAUCAUCACCGGAAUCGGUAAAAGAGAAGCAAGACUAUGUCCAGGUCGACAUCCAACAGCCCAAGCUCGUUCUCACAUGCAAAGACGAGUCUCGCUAUGUAGAGGGAUUCUACGCAACCGCAAUGCAAUCACUCUUGCCUCCAUCCCACAAGCACCUCGCCAAAUCCAACAAUCAAGUCCUCACACCCUCCGCAGCAAACAAGCACACCCUCAAAGUCAACCUUCCCGUCCCAGACGCGGCUCUGCUCACACCAAUAAAGGCCAUCACCUUGGCAACCGUACUCGCAGCUGCAUUGGUCGUGCUAGCCCAUCUCGCAUUCAACGUCUUGCCCCUCAUCCAGCACGCAGAAUCCUCACUGUAA